GGCAACUCUCUAAAGAUAACCAAAGAUACAUAUAAGGUGAUUCGUUCGUCCCCAGUAUUUUAGAAUGAAAAGCGACUUGAGAGAAAAAAGAUGUGGUUAAAGGCACUUGUUCCACUGCUCUUGGUCCAAUAUUUGGCGGCCACAUGCGAUGUGUGCCAAAGUGUCAGCAAAGUGGCUUGUCACAGUGAAAACACAUUUUCUAUCUGCUAUGACGGUGAACCAUCUUAUGAUAUGCUGUCAUGUCCAACGGAUUAUUAUUGCACCGAUGGUUUUUACACUUGCUAUCAAAAUGCCGAUCCAGUUUGCAAAUUAGACACCACAACCUCUAAGAUCCCAACUACCACGCAGAUCCCAACUACCACUGAGAUCCCAACUACCACGCAAAUUCCAACUUCCACACAGAUCCAAACUACCACACAGAUCCCAACUACCACUGAGAUCCCAACUACUACAACAACCACUAAGAUUCCAACUACUACAACAACCACUGAGAUCCCAACAACUACUACCACCACAGAGAUCCCAACUACUACAACAACCACUGAGAUCCCAACUACUGCAACCCCUACAGCCGAUGACCUCUGCCAGCAAGCCACUAAAAACACAUUUUUUGAAAACGUAGAUGAUCCCACCUGCACUACUUUUAUAACCUGUAGUGUUAAUACCACCGACGGAACCCACUCAACAAAAGUAACUUCAUGCAAGGCUAAUCAGUACUACAGUACCAGCUUAAAGGUUUGCACAGCGACCAAACCGGAUGGCUGUGUGGAGGCAACCACAGAGACGACCUCAACCACCGUGACCACCACUGCUGCUACCACAACCACCGUGACCACCACAACCGCUAGUACGACCACAGCCGAACCCUGGAGUGCUGAAGCCACCUGCUCGACUGUCACCAAAAGCACUUUGUUUCAAAACCAGGACGAUCCGACCUGCACCACAUAUCUUUAUUGUUAUGUUCUAAAUGGAUCUGCUACGGCUUUAAUCAGGGUAUGCAAGACAGACCAAUACUUUGAUGCUACCACAAGAGCAUGCAGUGCAACCAAACCGGAUUAUUGCACCUAAUUUUGGAGCAGAUAUCUUUGUGUAUUAUCACAUCUAUACCAAUAAAAUAAGAAUAAUAUCCAUGAUA